GGCCACCGCCGCCGCCAGUGCCGCAGCCGCCACAGGCGUGAGGAGCGGACGCGAGGCGCUCGGCCGGGUUAAUAUUACAUGGUGUCAGGAGUGGGAACUGAAGGAGCCAGCCCCUGAGGAGCGACGACCCCCAGAAUCGAGCGAGGUACCCAUAUUUGAGCCCUUUGUGCUCUUUGCUUCCACGAGUUGCCAUCACUUUCAGAGUGCAGCAGCCGACUUAAAUGACGUGCUCUCCUCCAGAGGCUUCAUCUCAGCACAGAUACGUAACGGAUUUCGCUCUUUGCUUGCCUUCCCAAGGCUGCUAUCCUAAAGACCUGUUGACCUGUUCACCUGUAAAAAAUCUUAGUCAUUAACAGACGCAAAAAAUGGCCAUUUGUUCAAACCUCUGGUUCAAGAUUUAGGAUAACUUAAUCUCAGAAUGGGAAUACUUCCUGAAAGACUUCAGGGCAUUUUAAACUUUCUGUACCCCAAGGUCAAAUGUGAAUUACAGGGUUUUCUUGGCUUGGGUCACAGUUGGAUUCCAAACCUUAAUAGCUGAGCCCCUUUGUGCCACACAAAAGAACACCAAACUGGACCCCAUUGUUUGGGAUGACCAAUAUAUUUUCUCCUUUAAGACUUUGAAGGACGGUAGUAAGUCCGCCUAUCCUCAGACACCCAGAUUAUCAGCUACGUUUUCCCUUUCGUAGAUGAGAAGGAAGUAGGUGCCCUCAGAUAACUUAUCCCAAAACAUGGGGCUAUCACAGACCCCUAGGUUACUCUGGCCAACAGUUAGGUCCACUGCCUGAGGUUACAUCCCCCUGCCGUAGCGCUCUGCUCGCCACCACCCUUAGUCGAGGCUACUAAAGGGAUAGGGGAUCUUCCUCAACCCUCUUGACAGUGUCGGGGCUAUUGAGGCUCUCUUGAAGUCACGCCACACCCAGUACCUUUGAGCAAGCUCUUUCCUCCUGUCAAGCCCUCUUACUGACCCCCACCCCAUCCCUCUUGUUCACGGUAGUAGUCUUAGCCCUGCUGCCCUUCUUCCCUCUUCCGCUGAUGGAACUCCCCACGACUGUCUUUCACAGAUCACCUGUUGACCCUAUAAGAAACCCCCGUGACACACAGUGAUCUUUCCUGGUUGAUGGGUGACUCUUACCUGAACUGUGGAAGUCCCAGAAGAUGGCUCCCGCAGCGAGGACCAAGGAGUGACCAGGGAAGAGCAGAGCUGACCCGUGAAAGAGAGAAGCAGAGUUGGAGAUCUGAAGGCUGUUGGUCCCACAAAGAAGAGGGACUCUGCUUUGUACCCAGAGAUCAAAACACUCAGAUGGCAGAUAACAGUUUUUCAGACGGUGUUCCUUCAGACGCCUUGGAGGCUGCUAAAAAUGCAAGUCACACAGAAAAGCUCACUGAUCAGGUGAUGCAGAAUCCUCAAGUUCUGGCGGCUUUACAGGAACGGCUUGACAGUGUCUCCCACACUCCUUCCAGUUACAUAGAGACCCUGCCGAAGGCCGUCCGGAGGAGGAUCAACGCGCUGAAGCAGCUGCAGGUGCGCUGCGCCCACAUCGAAGCCAAGUUCUACGAGGAGGUGCACGACCUGGAGAGGAAGUACGCCGCCCUGUACCAGCCCCUCUUCGACAAGAGAAGGGAGUUCAUCACCGGGGACGUGGAGCCGACGGACGCCGAGUCAGAGUGGCACAGUGACAACGAAGAGGAGGAUAAGUUGGCGGGCGACAUGAAAAAUAAAGUAGUCAUAGCAGAAAAAGAAGCAGCAACAGCAGAGGAGCCAAACCCCAAAGGAAUUCCAGAGUUCUGGUUCACCAUCUUUAGAAAUGUAGAUAUGCUAAGUGAGUUAGUCCAGGAGUAUGAUGAACCGAUCUUGAAGCACCUGCAGGAUAUCAAAGUGAAGUUUUCAGACCCUGGGCAGCCUAUGUCUUUUGUAUUAGAGUUCCACUUUGAACCCAACGACUACUUCACCAAUGCAGUCCUGACAAAAACGUACAAGAUGAAGUCAGAGCCGGAUAAGGCCGAUCCCUUUUCCUUUGAAGGUCCUGAAAUAGUUGAUUGUGACGGGUGUGUUAUUGACUGGAAGAAAGGGAAAAACGUGACAGUCAAAACAAUCAAGAAGAAGCAGAAACAUAAGGGCCGAGGCACAGUGAGAACAAUUACCAAACAAGUUCCCAACGACUCCUUUUUCAACUUCUUCAGCCCGCUGAAAGCAUCCGGAGACGGAGAGUCCCUGGACGAAGACUCGGAGUUCACAUUAGCCUCUGACUUUGAAAUCGGACACUUCUUCCGUGAGCGGAUAGUCCCGCGGGCUGUGCUGUACUUCACGGGGGAGGCCAUAGAGGAUGACGACAACUUUGAAGAGGGUGAGGAAGGAGAAGAGGAGGAGUUGGAAGGUGACGAGGAGGGAGAAGAUGAGGACGACGCCGACAUGAACCCCAAGGUGUAAUUUUUGUCUGUUAUUCAUGCAUUUUUUAGAAGGAGCCCAGCCAGCCCUCGGAGUGCAAACAGCAGUGAGGAGCGAGCGCCCCCCGGCGGUAGCGGCGGGACUUGUCGCGGCGGCCCCAGCACUGUAGCGGCGGUGCUUUCUUCUAACUUGUUUUCAAGUGCAUGAUUUUGACUUUAACUUUUCCUUUAUCCUUAUUAUUUUGCUUAACCUGUACAGUGGCAGCUUAAAUGCAUUUCAGAAAUAGGAGGUUUGAUUCCAGCACCCUCUGUGGCCUUGGGUGCAGCCCAGUGGACUUUCCCAGGCCCUGCCUCCAGGAGGGCCCCACAGACCCCGGGGGAAGGGGGUGGCGGAAGGUCAGGCGAUGCCAAGAGCAGAUGUCUGGCGGGGGGGGGUGGUUCCGGGGCCUCUAGAACCAGUCACGCCCCUCCGCGGUCGGACUGGAUUCUUCUUCCCUUGAAGAAACCUGCGCGCUCUGUGUCUCCACCUCUCGGUCUCCUGUGCUCUAGCAGUCUCAGAAGAGCUGCUGGGCGUUGGGUCCUGUUCUCCGCAGAUCACUCCGUCUCUGGUUCUGUGUCCCUCGGGGUGCGGCCGGGGCGGCGAUGUGCCCCAGCCCUGAGGCACGAGUGUUUGUGGUUCAUCCUCAUAUUUAUUUAUUCUUUCCUGCUGGUGAGGGCUUGGGACGCUUGCUGUCACUUGUCCUUACACUCUCAGGAACCAUGUGUGUGACGGGUGACCUGGCGACUCGCCCGGCGGGGGUGGUGGUGGCUCCCAGGGGAGCAAGGCCUGUGGAGAAGGAACCUCUUUCUGUCCUGCCUGCGGCUGAGGGCGGGAGCCCGUUUUCAUGACACACAGACCGCCUGGCUCUGGGGGGCGGCAGGCCUGCAGGUGCAGGUGAGGGGCCGGGGCUGGGACGUGCUGCUGUCCUCCUAGCGUGUCCAUGUCAAGUCUUGCUUUGCACUGCCCCCACGUCUUGGCCCCGUGCUCGUCUUGUUCUAAAGCCCUGGGUUCAGAGCGACCUGUUCUUGGCUGGCGUGUGGGGUUUCUGAGUGUGCGACCAUGGUCUCUGGCAGCCGGGGACGUGUGUCCACACUGUGACCAGGCCUGUAGAGUGCUCGGCCUUACUUCUAAUAACAUUUGUAACUGAAUACGGUGUUUUCAAUUUGUACAGAAUAGUUAGAAUAUUCUAUUAAAGUUGUGAAACAUGGA